AUGGUUACUCAGGAAAUACUUGCAGCACAAACGUCGAAACCCUUUCCUCGACUCAAACAUAUUAAGAACGUGUACGCGUCUGUACUUCGAAUCCUUGUGCAAACUCAGGUACCUGUACAGUCACGCCAGCCGGCAGUUCUCCGUAUUACAAUUGCACCUGCCAAAAUGGCUACUCUGGAGCCAGUUGUAGCACGAGUGAGUUAUCAAUAUCCUCUGCUUUUCGAUGCUGUUUUCUUGUUUCUUCCUGAUCUUGACAUACUUUUCUCUACCCGAAAAUUUUCCUCCACACUGUGCCCACAGUGGCAUUUGCUCGGCACCCGUCCAACCGUUCCUGAAGACCACUGUACAUCCCAAACGAAUACUCCGGUAGCAACUGCAGUUCGAAUUUGCGUGCCGUUUCCCUUGUUUUUCUACGCUAAUUAUUGUGCUUGUGAAUUUUUUGAAUUUCGGUACUUAAUUAUGUUACUAUCUUUAUCCUUCCUUUUCGGCAAAUUUAGGUGUGUGUAGUGUGAAUCCUUGUGCGAACUCAGGCACCUGUACAGUCACGCCAGCCGACACUUCUCCGUAUUACAAUUGCACCUGUCAAAAUGGGUACUCUGGAACAACUUGCGGCACGAGUGAGUUAUCAAUUUUCGGUGUUUUCCAAUACUAUAUUUUCUGUAUGUUUGAAUCCUGUUUUAUUUUUGUUUCGCCUGGAUCUCGAAACUCUUUUGUAUAUCUGAAAAUUGCAAAUAGGUCUGUGUGAACGUACCUUCUGUGUGUACGGUGGAAGGUUUUCGGACAGCAAACAGUCCUUAUUACCAAUGUGCAUGUUGAAACGGAUUUUCCGGUAGCAACCGCAUUACGAAUUAGUUUGCACUUUCUCGUGGUUUCGUUACGCGAAGAAUUGUACUUAUGGACUUUUUGAAUUUCAGUAGUUAAGGGGGGCUCCGCCCAUUUAGAUUUUCCUCUAACGUCCCAGUUUGUAGAGGAUACUUCGAAGUAUAU